AUGGCGGAAAAUUCCGCGCAAGCCACUCCUCCGGCGCUUGUGGCGGAAGCUACAGUGGUGAAUUCUGUCUUCGCCGCGUGGGGGAGCGGGCCCGCGCCAGCUGCGGCAGCGGCUGUUGCGCCUGAAGCGCCUGUAGAGGCUGUAGCCCCUGUAGCCCCCGAAGAGCCUCCAGCCCCUGUAGCGCGGACGCCGCCACUGCGCACGCCGACGCCGGACGUCACCUACUCGCUGCCUCACGCCGUCGUGGCGACUCGUGCGCGCGCCGCGACGGUGCGCCUGCGAUGCGGGCGGCGAAUUGCGUAUCUGGAGAAAGGGAUGGGCGCAGCGCAGGCGACGCGGACGCUGCUGGUGCUGCAUGGCCUGGGAUCGUCGCGACUCGCCAACAUGCCAGGUGAGCUAAACUUCUGUGCUCUUUCGGUGUCCGGGCUGGUGGCCAUCGAUCGCCCAGGGUACGGCCAGUCCGACCCUGCGCCAGCCCUCUCGCUGCACUCCUUCUGUGCGGACCUUGAGGAGCUGGCGGAUCUGCUCUCGGCUGGGGCACAAGGAAUAUCAGAGCAGGAUAGGGAGGCCAUGUUCGCCGGCAUGACGCCCCACUCCCGCCGCUCCCUCCGUCUCGGCCGCUACGCCCCUCUCUGGCUCAUCCGCCUCUUCAUUCGCAACUUCAUCGUUCCCUUCUCUGGUGAGUGCCUUUCUAUGAAUUUCAGUACGUGCUGUGCCCCUUCGGCUGCUGUGCCCCUUCGGCCGCUACGCCCCUCUCUGGCUCAUCCGCCUCUUCAUCUGUAA